AUGAUGACCACCGUAUCCAAAGAAGAAAUCUUAGCGUCAUAUCCUCAAAUCAAUGCUCCAACUGAUCAAACUGGUUAUACUUCCAGUUUAACUGCAGAACAAAAACAAAUCUUAGAAGAGUUCCGUAAAGCAUUAACAGAAUUAGGUUAUACUGACAGAUUAGAUGAUCCAUCUUUAUUACGUUUCCUUAGAGCAAGAAAGUUUAAUUUAGAAUUAGCUAAAGAAAUGUUUAUAAGUUGUGAAAAUUGGAGAACAGAAUUUGGUGUAAAUACAAUUUUUCAAGAUUUCCAUUAUGAAGAAAAACCAAUUGUUGCUAGUAUGUAUCCCCAAUAUUAUCAUAAGACUGAUAAAGAUGGUCGUCCAGUUUAUUAUGAAGAAUUAGGAAGAGUUGAUUUAAAUGCCAUGUUAAAAAUUACUACUCAAGAAAGAAUGUUAAAGAAUUUGGUUUGGGAAUAUGAAUCAAUGGUUGAAUAUCGUUUACCUGCAUGUUCUAGAAAAGCUGGUCAUUUAGUAGAAACUUCAUGUACUAUUUUAGAUCUUAAAGGUAUUUCAAUCACAACUGCAUAUAAUGUUAUUGGUUAUGUUAAAGAAGCUUCAAAAAUUGGUCAAGAUUAUUAUCCUGAAAGAAUGGGUAAAUUUUAUUUAAUCAAUGCACCAUUUGGAUUCUCAACUGCAUUCAAAUUAUUUAAACCAUUCUUAGAUCCAGUUACUGUUUCUAAGAUUUUCAUCUUAGGUUCAUCUUAUCAAAGUGAAUUAUUAAAACAAAUUCCUCCUCAAAAUUUACCAGUUAAAUUUGGUGGAUUAUCUCAAGUUACUGAUUCUGAAUUAUUAUUAAAUGAUGUUGGUCCUUGGAGAGAUCCUAAAUUUAUUGGUCCAGAAGGUGAAGCUCCAAGAUCAUUCCAGUUGUAA